AUGGACCGCAUACUCCUGGCCCCUGAACCGCUGAUCCGCGCCGUGCUCGUCGCCCUCUGCGACAACCAGCGACUUCAAGCCCGCAGCAUCGGCUAUCUCGACCGCUUGGAGAAACUGCACCGGCCGCCGCCGCCACCAGGAGAUGCACCCGCGACUGGCCAGCCACAACCUGCAAGCCUGAAACUGCUGGGGAAAAGAAAAGCCCCCGAGCCGCCACCACCACAGAUAUGCAUCCAGUGCAAACAUGCAUUCCUCCCUGAGACCAACAACCAGCAGGCCUGCGCAUUUCACCACGGCCGGCUGGACAUAGAUCCGACCCACCGUACCUGGGCAGCAGGCGAGGGCGCAGAGCAUGCCUCCCAAAAGAAGCUACGUCAGCACGACACCGAGGACAGCCGCGAGGACAACCCCGAGGGCUUCCUCUGGUCGUGCUGCGGGAGGAGCGGCGCAGGCCCUGGCUGCACCGAGGGUGAACACCUCGCCAUCAGGGCCGACGACCGGUCCAAGCGGGCGCGGUACGCCGCCGACCCGGACGAGCUGCGCAUGUUUGAGGGGAAGGUCCUUCGGCCGAAUGAGUUUGUGAACGACUACCUUGUAGACGACAGCAGCGACUCGGAGGCGUGGAGCGCGGGGGCCGCCUCGCGUGGUGUUGAGAGCCAGGCGGUGGAGGCUGGUGGCGCCGCCGCCGAUGAGGUACCGUCCGAGGCAACUGAAAGGAAUAGCGAGGGAAGAAGUUCUCGGUCAGAUGUUGGGGUUUAG